CAAAGAAUUUUACCUUCUUUGUGUUCCUUCGGAUCAGAUUCUGUCGUUUUUCUUUUUGUUUUAUGAACAAAUUAUUAAAUUAAUUUCAUUCAUCAAAGACUUAAAAAUGUUAAAUUAAUUGUAAAAUUCGAUUCUGAAAAGAAUGGAUAGUGGAUAGAGUUUGUUUUAUAUGAAAAAAUCAAAAAACUUAAUCGAUUUGCCGCACAUGUUUUCUUUUGCUUUGGUUUUAAAGAUGAACUCGAACUGAUAAUUCUGUGUUUUGGUCAGCAAUUAAUAUCUGCGCAACAGGAAUAGAAAAUUCCAAUUGUUUUUUUGUUUUAUUUUUUUUUUUUUUAACUCAGUUAAUUGAAAUAAAGAUUUUUACAAAUCGUCUUGGGCAGUUUCAUAACAUACAUACAUAGCUAAAGAAGUUAAACUAUAAAAACGGCAAAAGACCAAAAGGUAAAAUACAAAACUCACUUCCACUAUGCCUGGCGAGAACGGUGACCGGGCUGGGUAUCGACGUGCCGAAGUCGAUUGGAAUCGGUAUGGUCUAGGUGACGAUGACGAGCCGAAUUUUCGACAAAGAUCCAACACCGGCGGCUUUGUAGACCUUGGAAACGAGUAUACUUAUGCUGCAGGUGGUCAUCAUGCUUCGGGAGCUAACGAAAUAUUUGCCAGCGAACAGGGAGAUAAGCCAUGGUGGAGAACGAACUUUUUCAUAUCGCAACCAGUAUUAUUCGGUGUAUGGGAUGGUGUCUUCACGUCCUGCCUCAUCAAUGUGUUCGGAGUUAUUGUGUUCCUUCGAUCUGGAUGGAUAGUUGGUCAAGCUGGGAUUAUAAAUGCUGUCCUAAUUAUUUUCUGUACGGUGGUAAUUGCGUUAGUGUCAGUUCUGUCGGCGAUUGGAAUUUGUGAACGAUGUCGGGUGGAAAGUGGAGGUGUUUACUUUUUAAUUGCCCAUACUUUGGGUUCUCGAUUUGGAGGGUCACUGGGGUUGCUCUAUUGUUUCGGACAAGCCGUGGGUUGUGCGUUGAAUGUGAUGGGUUUUGGCGAAUCAAUGGCUGGAUUGGUGGGACAAGCAGGAAACACAGUCUACAUUCGAGGAUUUGCUGCAGCUGCUGUUCUUCUGUUGGGUGUCAUAAAUGUCGCGGGAGUUAAAUGGGUCAUUAAGUUGCAAUUUGUGUUGCUAAUGAUUCUUUUGCUAUCGGCUUUGGAUUUUAUGGUUGGAAGCUUUGUGGGAGAAGAUCAAAAAAACGGAUUCAUUGGAUGGGAUAGUACGACUUUUGUAAACAAUUUAUGGCAAAAAUACGACGAUGGUUAUUCUUGGUUCCGAGUAUUUGGAGUAUUCUUCCCUACUGUCACAGGUGUUUUGUCUGGUAUCAAUAUGAGUGGUGAUUUGCGGGCUCCUUCAACUGAUAUUCCAAAUGGAACACUUGCAGCUUUUGCAACUUCAACAUUUUUGUAUCUGGUUUUUGUGUUGUUCCUUGGAUCGACCUGCACCCGAGCUACUCUCCUUAAUGAUUUUAUGAUUUCUGUAAAAGUUUCAGCAAUACAAUUUCUCCUGCUAGCUGGAAUCUAUGUCUCGAGUAUGUCAUCGUGUUUGGGUGCAAUGUACGGAACCCCUCGCGUUCUUCAGAGCAUAGCAAAGGAAAAUGUUAUUCCAGGAAUCGAUGUUCUCGCACAAGGACGUGGACCCAAUAAAGUCCCCCUCUACUCCAUGGCUGUAGUGGCAGCUAUAACAAUCACAUUCAUCAUGGUUGGUGAUAUUAAUUUCCUCGCCCCAAUUGUUACAAUGCCAUUCUUGCUUACCUAUGCCUGCAUUGACUACUCUUACUUUGCCCUCGCACAAACGUUUGAUAUUCAAGAACAGCGCGAGGAGAGAUUCCGUAUUCAGGCAUCAAGUCCAUCCUAUGAAACUCGUCGCUAUGGUGCUGUCCAGGGUGACAAUGAUUUGGAUCUGUUGUUUCCAGAUCGAGUGCGUCAUAAAAACUUACAGAGCCCUCCAUCAUCGCAACAAAAUACACCACUUCAUGUGCCUUCAAGAAACAAUGAGACUGAUAGAAACAAUACAAUUGAAAUUUACCCAGAACAAAGCACAAAUCCAAAUCACAGUCCUGACAGUAGCAUAGACGAGGUGUUAUUCCGCAAUGGAGGAACAACAAAUAGUACAAACGCAGCCGAUAACGAUGAAACAGAAGAGCCAGUUGCACCCAUCCGUCCUCCAAUUCAUUCGAAAACAAAGAAUUGGUAUUCUGGAUAUUGUAAUCGAUGGGCUUCUUUAAUUGGAGCUGUGACAAAAUUAUUAGUGAUGCUCUUGGUUAAUUGGUAUUAUGCGUUAACUUGUUUUGUUGUAGUAUUUUUCGUUUGGUUUUAUGUUGGAACAGCUAAUCCAGCUGUUAAACCAGGGCUCACAGCAGAGUUUAACCUCUUUGGAUGGCUGAAAAGUGUCAUAUUCCGUUGUUUUGGAAAACGAAUGCAUGGUUAUGAACAUAUUGUUGUAACACCAUCUUGCCCGGGUGUUGACCUCUCUCCAACACAACUCAAUGAUGAGAAUGAAGAUUUCUCGCAACGAAGACGAUACCAUCAUUCUUCUGUUGUUGAAGGCCAUUUAGUUGAUGAUAUUUAAUUUUAAAUCACACAAAACUGUCCAAUAACAAAUCACACAUGGUGUGAUAUAAAAUAGGACCAAUAACUUAAUAUUUUUAACACAAAACGAUAAUAAUAGUUUUUAGUAUAAAAUAAAGUUUAAAACAAAAAAAAAUAUAUUAAA